AUGUCGGAAGAGGAUAUUCGAGUUGUUCUCGCCAUUGACUUUGGAACGACCUACUCGGGAUACGCGUGUGCACACGUUGCUAAUCCUGAUAGUAUUAUAAUCAAAGAUAAUUGGGAUGGCGUCGAAGGUCGCUUUAAAAUACCGACCGUUAUAAAAUAUAAAGAUGAUUUCUAUGAUUCUAUCGAAUCGUGGGGCUAUAGUGCAUUAGCUCAAUCUUUGAAAGAAAAACCUUUUUUACCUGAUAAUUUGAAUUAUAAAAAAGUCAUCACAGAUUAUCUGAACAAAUUCUGCGAAUCAAUUAAAGAAACUUUACAUAUUACUUGGCCAGGAGUGGACUUGCACAGUAAUGUAUCGAUUGUCCUUACGGUUCCGGCGGAAUUUGUUGAUAAUGAAAUUACAAUAAUGCGCGAAUGUGCCUUUAAUGCUGGUUUGCUGAAGGAGAAAUAUAGUAAUAAUCUCCGAUUUACAACGGAACCCGAAGCCGCAGCUAUCCAUUGUUUGAAUUCAAUAGUAAAAGAACAACAUAAUUUAAAUCCAGGAGAUUCAUUUAUGAUUGUUGACUGCGGUGGUGGCACAGUAGACAUAACAACACUUGAACUAUUGGAAAACAACAAACUUAGCGAAAGAACGAUUCGUGGAGGAGAUUAUUGCGGAUCAACUUUCGUAGACCAGAAAUUCCUAGAGUUUAUUGGUAAAAUGACAGGACCAUUCGCAAUUGAACAAAUGAAAGAACAUCAUUAUGCUCAAUUACAAUAUAUCGUACAAGAAUUUUGUAGAUUUGCAAAAUUUAAAUUUACGGGAGAAGAAUCUGUAUUUGAACCUUUUGAGCUCGAUUUGGAUGAAAUACCAGUAAUAAAGCAAUAUAUAAAAGGAGAAGAAGAAGAAACAUUAAAAAGUUUGUAUUGGUUUAUUGAAAUUAAUUUUGAAGAAGUUCAAGGGAUGUUUGAUCCAGUUAUAGAAAGAAUUAUAAACUUGAUUAAAGGACAAUUGGAUCAAAUUGAAAACGAUUGCUGCGCUAUGUUCCUAGUUGGAGGAUUUAGUGAAUCUAAAUAUUUACAAACUAGGAUUAAAAAAGAGUUUUAUGAGUUAUUUCCAAGCAUUUUGGUUCCAGCAAUUCCUAUUGCAGCAGUUUUAACAGGAGCUGUCUUAUACGGACUUAACGAAAGUACAGUGGUAACUC